GGAGCCGUGCUGCUGGGAGGGGACGUGGCAAGAAGACGCCCGGUUCUGCUCUCCCACUGCCCCUGCGCCUGGACUUCAGUGUUGGCCAGAGUAGACACUCGGGGGUCAGGCAGGGGAACAGGUGGACGAGCACACGGUAUGACUUGAGGCCGUGACCAUGGAUUUUUCUCGGCUUCACAUGUACACCCCUCCUCAGUGCGUGCCCGAGAACACUGGCUACACCUAUGCACUCAGUUCGAGUUAUUCUUCUGAUGCUCUGGCUUUCGAGACUGAGCACAGAUUGGACCCCGUGUUCGAUUCUCCAAGAAUGUCCCGCCGUAGUUUGCGGCUGGUCACCACCACGUGUGCCGUGGAGGAUGGCCAGGCUGGGGACGCUCACUCCUGCACCAGUAGCACCGUGUCCCUGAAGGACCGAGCGGCCAGAACAGUAAAGCAGCGCAGGAGUGCAAGCAAGCCAGCUCUUAGUAUAAACCACACCUCGAGGAAGGUCGUGUCCUGCGCCGUGGGCCAGAGCGUUGCUAGCACGCUCUCAGGUGUGGCCUGCCUCCGGCCUCCGGUGCUGGAUGAGUCUCUGAUCCGCGAACAGACCAAAGUGGACCACUUCUGGGGUCUUGACGACGAUGGAGAUCUUAAAGGUGGAAAUAAAGCUGCCACUCAGGGAAACGGGGACCUGGCAGCAGAAGCCACCAGGAGCAACGGCUACACGUGCAGUGACUGCCUCCUGCUGUCCGAGCGCAAGGACACGCUCACCGCGCACUCUGCACCCCUCGGGCCGUCGCCGAGGCUGUACUCGAGGGACACGAGCCAGAAACCUGAGUCUGUCUCUUUGAAAGGCGGUGCCCCUGUCCACAUGGAUAGGAUUUUGUGGCUGGCCAAGGACACUUCGUCAUCCUUGUCAUCAUUCUUAGUCCAGCUUUUUCGAAUGGUUUUAAUGAAGCUCAAUUAUGAAUCAGAAAAUUACAAAUUGAAAAGUUAUGAAUCAAAAGAUCGUGAAUCAAAAAGCUAUAAGUCAAAAAGCCAUGAAUCAAAAGCUCAUUCCAGUCACUGUGGGACAGUGAAUGUAGGAGGGCUUCUCAGAGAGGACGGCCACCUCAGUGUGAAAGGGGAGUCCUUGUCACCCACAGGCGAUGACUCUAGGAGGAAGGGGCUCCUUGAGACGCACACAGCCAUCCGCUCGCAGUCCUCGAGGCCAGAAGGGGUAGCAGGGGCCAUUGGGCACAUCUUUUCUUAUGCAGGUCACCUGUUGGUGCAGACGCUGCAAAGGAUCGGUGCUUCCGGAUGGUCCGUGUCGAAGACACUGUUGUCGGUUCUUUGGUUGGCCGUAGUAGCUCCAGGGAAGGCAGCCUCUGGAAUAUACUGGUGGCUAGGGAUUGGAUGGUACCAGUUUGUUACUUUGAUUUCUUGGCUGAAUGUGUUUCUUCUUACAAGGUGCCUUCGAAAUAUCUGCAAGUUUUUAAUCUUGCUCAUUCCAUUAUUACUUUUACUAGGUGCAGGUCUGUCCCUGUGUGGCCAGGGAGACUUCCUCUCAGGCCUGCCUGUGCUCAGCUGGACACGCAUGUACGGAGCCCAGCGGGCGGACGGCCCUGAGAGCUCGGUCACACCUGACGCGUCUCACCUGAGCCAGCCGCCGGAGGCUGGUGACGAGGCUUUCCACUGGCAUCGGAUGAGCGAAGUGGAAAGGCAGAUGACCUCGCUGUCCGGACAGUGUCGCAGCCACGAUGAGAAGCUUAGAGAACUGGCUGCUGUGCUUCAGAAACUGCAGGCACGGGUGGACCAGAUGGACGGCGGUAGCGAGGGGACGCUGUCCCUGAUUCAGCGUGUGGUAGGGCAGCACUUACAGGAAAUGGGUGCCGACAGACUGUCGGGCUCGCAGACUGACGCCGUGACUUUCUACCAGGAGCACGAAUUGCGCCUCUCGAACCUAGAAGAUGUUCUUGGAAAACUGACAGAGAAGUCAGAGGCCAUCCGGAAGGAAUUAGAACAGACCAAGCUGAGAACAGCUAGCGGAGUUGAGGAAGAGCAGCACCUCCUCUCCGUGGUGAAGCAUCUGGACCUGGAACUGGGUCAGCUGAAAUCUGAACUGUCCAGAUGGCAGCAUUUGAAAACCAGCUGUGAAGAGGUUGAUACCAUCCAAGGAAAGGUAGACGCCCAGGUCCGAGAAACCAUCAAACUCAUGUUCUCGGACGGGGAGCAGGGCGGUUCUCUCGAAUGGCUGCUACAGACGGUUUCUUCUCGGUUCGUAAGCAAGGACGACCUGCAGGUUUUAUUACGGGAUUUGGAGCUGCAGAUCCUGAGGAACAUUACACACUAUAUCUCUGUGACGAAGCAGGUUCCAGAUUCUGAAACCGUAGUAUCUGCUGCAAAGGAGGCAGGGAUUUCCGGAAUCACAGAAGCGCAAGCACGUGUCAUCGUGAACAACGCCUUGAAGCUGUAUUCCCAGGAUAAGACUGGCAUGGUGGACUUUGCUCUGGAGUCUGGCGGUGGGAGCAUCCUGAGCACGCGCUGUUCUGAGACAUACGAGACCAAGACUGCGCUCAUCAGCCUGUUUGGGAUCCCGCUCUGGUACUUCUCCCAGUCCCCGCGCAUUGUGAUCCAGCCUGACAUACAUCCAGGUAACUGCUGGGCAUUCAGAGGCUCCCAGGGGUACCUCGUGGUGAGGCUAUCCAUGAAGAUCCACCCAACCACCUUCACUCUGGAGCACAUACCAAAGACGUUGUCGCCCACGGGCAACAUCACCAGCGCUCCCAAGGACUUCGCAGUCUAUGGAUUAGAAAAUGAAUACCAAGAGGAAGGGCAGCUUCUGGGACAGUUUAUGUAUGAUCAAGAAGGGGAAUCACUCCAGAUGUUCCAUGUUCUGAAAAAACCUGACAGAACUUUCCAGAUAGUGGAGCUUCGGAUUCUCUCAAACUGGGGCCAUCCUGAGUACACAUGUCUCUAUCGGUUCAGAGUUCACGGAGAGCCUGUCAAGUAGAGACCCUCCUAUGGUUCUUGUACAUUUUGUAUAUACGGGGACAGCCUCAAACACUGGAGCCCUUCCUGAACCAGGGCACCUGGAGCAUCGGGAGGACGUCACCCCUAAAUAAACUUGCCAGUGGGAGCUGAUGCCCCGCUCGCUCUUCUGUCCACAGGAAACACUGCAUGUUGAAUGCCUGGCUUCCCUGAGAUCCGCCGGCCACAGCCCAUCUCUGGGAAUCCAUUGGAACAUGUGGUUGUUAGGGGGUUUGUUUUGAACAUAAAGCUCUUGAUACUUGUAUUCUCUCGACAUCAGGAACAAAGCAAGUGAAGCUACAGGUCAAAGUGUUCUUGAAGCUUUGAUAUUUAGCCUUUCACUGGCCCUUCUACAGGACUUUGGGGGCAGACCUAUUUCAUCUGUUCCAUCCAGCGCACGUUUCUUUCAGGGAAAAACAUUGCCACCAAAUUUCAGAGUUCUGAACUCCUUUCCUUUAGGAGAGGGUUUCUCCUUUCUUCAGCACCAGUAGUUAACGUAAGUUCCCAGGUGGGGGAAAUAACUGUUUCUCUACUUUAUUUGCUCCUGCUUCUGAGAAAGACUUUCACAGUCAGGCCUGGGUGUGUUGUUUCUGUUCAGGAUCCAGGGUGAUUCGUUUUGUCGUGGGCUUGAAUUGGGUCUGAUUUGAAAGGGGGUGGUGGUCUGGAUCUCAGCCAACGCCUAAAUGGAGCGCUCAGGUCUCAGCGAGGCUCCGCCCAUUGGGGGACCACCCUGGAGUUGGACCUCACAGUGUUCCUAGGAUCCCAGAAAUCCAACCUUGGGGAUGUCAUCAGGUUGUGUUUUAAAUUUUGCUGCAAAGUUGAACACUAAUGUGCUGCCAGUCUUUCAGGAUCUUCAGUUUUUACUCUACUGAUGGUUCUCCAAGGAGACUGUCCAGUGCGGCAAAUUCAUCAUUACGUUGUAAUGAUGAAUGUGGUUUAUAAUUUUUCUUAUGGCGGCACUUUCUUCCUGGCUCUAGUUGGGAUUUGCCUCUUACUACAACUGUCGGCCAUUCUCAAUUCCUAGGAGACUCGUUUUGUUUAUAAUUAAUAUUUAAUAUUUAGACUAUUUUACUGAGCAGACUUUAUAAAUGAGAUAUUUGCAAGGCACUUAAAGUGUUACAGAUGUUUUAAAAAUUAUUUAAGUUUUAUUGGGCUAAGAGUCUUUCAGUGUUCUCAUAAACACUGUAUUUUCAGAAACAGAAAGUGAUGGUGCUGCCUGGGGUUUUAUGUGUACUGCACAACUGUCCUCGACUACAUAAAGUAGCAUUUUUUCACUCUUAGAAUUGGAACUAAAUAAAUGCCUAUGCAGUUAAGUUGGAUAAAAUGUAUACAGAUGUUUCAGAUAUUACAGGAUAAAUAUAUAAAUCAAAAUUUCCUAUAUAAAACUAAAUUUGGGAGUUGGGUGGAAAUAUUUUGAAUAUUUAUUUUUAAAGAUGCAGAAUAGGACUUUGUGCACGGUAUUUUUGUAAAUGCUUUUCAAAAUACUUGUCUUUGGUAGUUCUUCUUUUGCUGCCACCAAAUUGAUAAGAUGCUAUUGAAAUGUUUAAAUAAAGAGUUUAAAUUUUUAAAAGUGCAUGUGAUGUUUCCAGUGAAGAAUAAACGGUCUAUUUCUUUCCUCA